CAACAGACAUAAGUUAAUAUAAUUUUAAAAUUUCACAAUGCAAUGUGAAAAAAUUGUAAAUGAUCGAAUAAAUUAGUAUCAAAUGAAAUUUGAAAUUAACAAACCGAUGACUACUUUUAAAAGUCGGUGUAAUUUAUAAUCAAACAAAAAAAGAACGAGACCUAAAUUUUGAACUAUAAAAAAAAAAAAAAAAAAUUCAACACGUUAUUCAAAAACAAUUAAAAAGUGACACAUCCAAGAUUAACCACACCAACCGUCACUAAGAGUAAAAGUCGCAUUCUGACUCCUCCCCCACCUACCACGGAAACCCCAAACAAAACCUCCCAAACCUUGUCAUCUCCGCCACUCCUCACCCGCCGGCUCAACCAUGAACUCCUCCUCCACUCUCGCUUCCUCCUCCUUCUUUACAUCCUCAUCUCUCUUCCAAUACAAACUCAUUCCCAGUAAACCAACCCAACCUUCCCUUCUCCGUUUUGACCCUUCCCAUUCCCACAAUUCCCACAAUGUCCCUGCCCUCAAAGUCACAGCCUCCUCCGCCGCCCACCACCACCGACCCCUCCUCCCAGGUAACACCCACAACAACCCAAGCCCGAUUCUUCAAACUCUUAAACAUUACGCCAAAACCGCCAUUCUCAUCGGAGUCACCGCCGCCGUGUUCACCACCAAGUCAUCGACUUUGCUCGCCAUAGCCGAACCUCCGCCGACAUUGACCGAAGAAGCGCCGACCCAGGUCACAGAUAACGAGAACAACCAAUCCUCAUCGCCAUUGUCCGACUUCCUGGGUUCGAAUUCGGAAGCCAUCGGUGCCCUGAAAUCGCUUCUGCAGCAGAAGCUCGAAAACAGCGAGGACGACGAGGCGCUCAAGAUCCUGCAGCGCUUGGUCGAGGCGCAGCCCUCCAAUACCGAGUGGAAGUUCAUGAUGGCCAGGGUUCUCAGCGAAAUGGGCGAAAACGAAAGCGCCCGCCAAGUGUUCGAGGAAAUACUCGCCGCGAACCCCUUGUCCUUCGAGGCGUUGUUCGAGAACGCCCUGCUGAUGGACCGCUGUGGCGAAGGCGAGGCCGUGAUCAAGCGGUUGGAGGACGCAUUGCAGGUUGCGGAGGAGGAGAACAAGGCCAAGGAGGCUCGGGACGUUAAAUUGAUAAUGGCGCAGGUUCAGUUCUUGCAGAAGAACGUGGAGGGCGCAUUGAAUAGCUACAAUGAAUUGGUAAAGGAAGACCCAAAAGACUUCCGGCCGUACUUUUGCCGUGGGAUGAUUUACAGUUUGCUUGAUCGGAAUGCAGAGGCGACGGAGCAGUUUGAGAGGUACCGGCAGCUUUCACCGAAGAAGUUCGAGGUGGAUGGCUACUUGAGGAAGCCUUUGUCGAGGGUCAAGCUAUUCGGGAGCGACGAGAAUUGAGUUUUUGAGGCUCUGACUCUGUUCAAAGGCUCACUUUGUUCAUCUGUUGUUUUGAAUUUGAGACGUUUUUGAAAGAAGAAAAUAACUUGUUGUGCAAGUUAACACAUCGUUGUUACAUUUCAAUCCAAUUAAUAAAUUUUGAACCUUUGCAAUUCUA